UAUCUAUUAUUUCACAGGAACUUUUUUUAAUUCUUUUGUUAAUUAAUGUUCAAUAUGAACAGAAAAGAGUCAGCAGUCAAAGGUGGGAUAGAAGCAAUCAAGAAAGGUGAAAGGGGUAGCACCUGGCUCGUAGCUAAAGAUAACCCAGUGGUCGAUGUCACAUCAAAUGUAAACGAAGCCUAUAAGAUAUUGUCAGAGCGUUUAGUUUAGGUAUUUUGAAAAACUUUACAAUACUUAACUCUUUCUUUCAAUAUUUAUAUUUAGUCAAUAUCAAAAUUAAUUAAUUGUUAUUUUGUAAACGUAAUACAAUCGUUUGUAGCCACGAUAAUAUCCGAAGGGAAUUAUUAAUUGUAUAAAUAAAUAAACGAGAAAUUAAACCUUACGAGUCUUUUUUCUAAUUUAUGUCUGGAACUUAUAAAAACCAGAGAAUGGAAGUUAUAAAACGGUUUUGGAAAUCGAAUACAUUCGGAGUUUGGACGUCUUUUCUGGAUGUUACUGGCUCUUAAAUUGCUACCAUAAUCAUAGAAAAUGUAAUGCCACCCCUACCUGAUACGUAGGGUCGAAGGACAGUCAAUUCUUUGGAUUUAAAAAAAUUGGCUACAUCAAGAGGAGAACUAACCGUUCAUCCAAUUGAAAGAAGUUUUUGCCACGUCAUGAAUAAAGUUAAGGGCUAUAGUCACAACAUCUCAUAAAAGUCCCGUUAGGGUUUAGGAUAACAAAAAGAGUUAGAUUCUAAUUCAUAAGUGUAUACUCCCCAGAUUGAGAACCUCUUCUUCGAAUUAAUGUCUGUGUCUACAUUCCAAUCUCACAACAAAAAGUAAAUAGGGUGUAAAUAAAUUUAUUUUCAAUACUUCACUACUUUUGUGGUGACAGUUGUUUAAAUAAGAUAUAAAGUGUGGAGUAUUUUGCAAUAACUAUUUAAAUAGCUACUAACGUUUUACAGUAGUCAUAUUUAAGGUAUUAUGAGUGAAGUAAACGACAAAAUUGUAAUUGUUAUGGGCGGUGCUAAUGGCAUCGGUGCGUUUAGUGUUGAAGUAUUUAUUGAAAUAAAUAAAAUUUGUAAUAUUUUCUUCGGCUUUCGAGAGUCUUAGUUAAUAUAGUUAAACUACUUUUGCGAACUUGACUACGAAAACUGUAAAGUAUUCGAAACGAUGGAACCAAAUAGUGAAAUCAUCAUCAUCAUCAUCUCAGCCUGUCCACUGUCCACUGCUGAACAUAGGCCUCUCCAAGUGAUCUCCAGUGCGGCCGGUCCGUUGCCACCUGCAUCCAACGUGACCCAGGACAAGAAAUAAUAAUAAUAAAAAUAGCAAGAUUAUUCCGUAAAGUGAUUUUUACGGAUUAAUUUAAUUUUACAUAUACCAGUCCACUCCAAAUUACAUACCGAUCCAGACGACCGAACCACAGUCGCCGUCGUCAUGUCGGAUCUAUCCGAUCGGUGCUGUUUUUGAUGAUAUUUUUCUUACAAAUUCAUAUUUAACUGAUUUCGACGGCUCUGCGGUUGUUUUCGUUUUGUAAAAAAAUAUGUUUAUUAUUUUGUUAACAUGAACCAAAAAUGCAAAUGACAUCAUCAUGUUAUACUAAAUUAUUCGAAGACUUUAUACUGCUUACAUUCUGCGACUUAUAUGUACUAUGUAAGUCACAAUUCUCGAUAACAGUGUUCUAAUGCUUCAUAUUCCAUAUAUUCCAAUAAGCUUUGAUAUUUAUUUUUCGGAGAUAAAAUAUUAUCUGAACAACGAAUUAAUAGUUGUUUGAAUACAUUUUUACGUUGAACACUGUGUGAUGGAGUCGUGGAAAGGGAAAAUUGUGCUUAUCACUGGUGCCGCAAGCGGUAUCGGCGAAGGAGUUGUCCGGCUUAUGUUGGAGCGAGGUGUCAAGCAUGUUGCUGUUUUGGAUGUUGCCGAGGAUUGCGGAAGAGCUCUUGAGAAUGAGCUCAAUACAAAAUACGGUCCCAACAGUGUGAAGUUCUACAAAUGUGACGUAACUGACGAAGAACUUUUUCUGGAAUUAUUCGAUACUGUCAAAAACGAACAAGGCUAUCUUGAUGUGGUCAUCAACAAUGCCGCGAUCAUGAACGACAGCUAUAAAUCUUACAAAAAACAAAUCGAUAUAAAUGUGACUGCUUUAGUUACUGGUACACUGAAAGCUAUAGAGAUUAUGGGAAAGCAGAAUGGCGGUAAAGGAGGUACUGUUCUAAAUAUAUCUUCAGUGGCGGCGUUAUGUCAAUCUCAUCUGUUCCCGAUUUAUUUCGGGACCAAGAGUGCGGUGCUGCAGUUCAGCAACUGUAUUGGGUUAGAAGAACAUUACGCUAAAAGCGGCGUCAGAGUACUGAGUAUUUGCUUUGGCGCGACUGAUACUCCACUAUUGAGCGGAACUAAACUAGGCAGCUUUGAUGAAGAAAUAGACGACACUUGUGCCGAUUUCAUCAAAAAGAAAUAUCUAUUGCAAAAGAUGGAAUCUGCAGCCAAAGGUCUGGUCGAGGCCUAUGAGCACGCUAAAAGUGGCGAAACUUGGAUCAUCACAAAAAACAAACCGGCGAAGAACAUCACUGAUACAGUUAAAAAGGCUUAUGAACUUUUAUCGGAUCACGGACUUGAAGCUGUUAUUUUAAUAAUUAUAAUAUUAUUAUCUGUACAGUCAUUAAUAAACAAAUUAAAUAAGCCAACUAUUGUCAUUUUUCAGGCAGACAAUUACUACUCGAGGACUGGAGUUCGUGUAUUAACUAUGUGUUUCGGUGCGACAGAUACUAGUCUUAUUGCGAUUGAGAACAUGGGAAGUUUUGAUGAAGUUGUAGAAAUCAGACUCUGUGAACCUUUAAAGUUAUAUCCCGGACAAAAGAUUGAAUCCGCCGCUAGGGCAGUUAUAGAUGCUUAUAAACAAGGAUCUAGUGGCAGUAUUUGGCUGUCCUAUGCUAACAAGGCAGCUGAAGACAUCACGCAAGUAGAUACUGAGGCAUACAAACUCUUGACCGCAACAGUAUUAAACAGUCAGCAAGUCAGGGCAGGGCCCGCCUCCGGCCCCAUGCCGGGGCAUCACCUUCACAACUUAGAUGGGAGGCUACGUCUCAUAUUAGGCACUCACACUCUAUUAAGGGCAACCCCAGAAGGAAAGACCGGAGCGGGGAGGGACAGAAUACCACCGACGGGGGUGUUUAUUGCAAUUUUGGACACUGAUGUCGAAGCGGGUGAAAUGCUUCAGGAUAAAAUGAUGACUGAAUAUGGUAAUUCGAAAGUAAAAUUCAUACAGUGUGACGUCACUGUCGAUGAAGAACUUUUUGGGGCUUUUGAUGAUGUUGUCAAAGAAAUCGGAUAUAUUGAUCUAGUUAUUAAUAAUGCUGGGAUAGCCAAUGAAUCAGAUCCAAAAGCAAUAAGAAAAGAAGUUGAAGUUAAUUACAUUGCUCUUGUAAAUGGAACAUUGAAAUCCUUAGAACUUAUGCGCAAGGACAAAGGCGGUAACGGAGGAACGAUUGUGAAUAUUUCAUCUAUUGGUUGUAUGUGUCAGCAUGCACCAGCUUUGUUUGUUUACAUGGGGACAAAGAGUGCUGUGUUGCAAUUUAGUAAUUGCAUUGGGAGGGAAGAAUAUUAUAGUAAAACAGGAGUGCGCAUUCUAACUGUGUGCUUUGGAAUCACAAAAACUGGCAUUUACAACAACCUCAAAAGUUUUGAUGAAAACAUUAACAAAGAUAUGCAACAGAUUAUAGAUUUAUAUCCUAUGCAGUCAAAAGAGUCAGCAGCCAAAGGUGCGAUAGAAGCAAUCAAGAAAGGUGAAAGCGGUAGCACCUGGCUCGUAGCUAAAGAUAGCCCAGCGGUCGAUGUGACAUCAAAUGUAAACAAAGCCUAUAAGAUAUUGUCAGAGCCUUUAGUUUAGGUAUUUUGAAACUUACUUAAAAUACUUAACUCUUUCUUUCAAUACAUAUAUUUAUUUAGUCAAUAUCAAAAUUUAUCCAAUAUUAACUAAUUGUUUUUUUGUUAACGUAAUACUAUCGUUUGUAGCUACGAUAAUAUCCGAAGGGAAUUAUUAAUUGUAUAAAUAAAUAAACGAAAGAUUAAAUCUUA